GAAAUAUUAGUUAAAGGGAGGGUGUUGUUUAAAUUCUACUGGUAAUACUGGAUAGAUGCUCUCAUUAUAAAACCAACUGCAGAGCACAGGCUAUGCGAAUCCCUCUCACUGGAUUUUUCAAACAACAGCCAUCCAAUGUCGCUGUGUUAGUCUUUUUACACGAUGUUUACACGACUGCUCUUGGGGAGCUCUUUGCUCAUUGCAGUUGUGUCCCUUUUACUCUCUCAGAUGGCUGUAAAACCGUCAACCCAGUACACGCCAUCUGCCAUAGGUCGUAAUAACACCGUUCUCUUCAUAGUAAACUGUGAGUUCGGCCUCUCCAAUGUGCAUCUUGCGACGGCGCACGCCUUAUUAGAGCGCCAUCCAGAGAUCCGCAUGCAUGUUGCGUCCUUCCCCCCCACGCUCCCAAGAUUGGACAGUAUCUCAAAACAUGUCCGGAAGACGAACUCUUCUGCGGAAGAUAUCGUGUUCCACGAGCUCCCAGAACAGUACGACUUCGCAAAAGCCAUGGUAAUAUCGGGGAGAACACCGAUGAGCAUCACACGUCCGCCAGGCCGUGCUCAUAUCGACGAAACUGGCAAGGAUAUGGCAUUCUUCACUGCGCCAUGGUCAGGAGAAGCGCAUUUGGAACUCUUUCAGCAGCUCACCGAGAUCAUCGAUGAGGUAGAUCCCUCCCUCGUACUUUUGGACAUGUUUUUUCGACCUGGUCUUGAUGCAGCUCGUAAUCGGAAAAGACUGCAUGCUUUCAUCGUUCCAAAUAUACCGAUUGACGUCUUCCCUCUCCAUCAACCUUAUUUGAAAUGGCUGUGGAAAUAUCCUGUUUUGGGCUCUGGUAUUCUGUAUCCUGUCCCAUGGAGUAGAGUGCUAGAGAAUAUCUAUAUCAAUGUGCGGUACUUCUAUUUCCUGGGAUCUAUGCACCAUUUCAAGUCCGCGAAGAAACUUCUUCAGCAGAAAGGUAUCAACCGUAUUACCUACAAUGAUCUGCACCGCUCAAAUGUACCCUUCUUCAUUCAAAGCCUAGCUGAAGCCACAAUACCCCUGGACCAUGUCCCGCCAAAUGUGACAUAUACCGGACCAAUUUCCCUUUCCCUCUCCACUCUAGAAGAAGUAAAUCCGGAGCUGAAUCAAUGGCUUGCCAAGACGUCGACUCUUUUCGUCAACCUCGGGAGUUUCUUCGCCUGGGAUAAAGUCCGGGCUAGUGCUAUGGCGCAAGCUAUCGCAGACAUAUUGCACGAGAGGACCGAUCUUCAAAUUCUAUGGAAGUUCUCUAAGACGGGUAAGCAGUUUGGUGACGAGUUCUUGGAUCCGGUACGCCCGUUCCUCAAGAAUGGCCGCCUUGAGAUGAUAUCUUGGUUGCCUGUCGAACCAACGACUCUUUUUGAAACAGGUCAUAUUGUGGCUUCAGUACACCAUGGCGGUGCGGGAGGUUUCCACGAGGCACUCGGAACCGGCAUACCACAGAUAAUUUUACCGCAGUGGACUGACCACUACAGUCUCGCACAACAGGCUCAGUAUCUCGGCGUGGGAGUUUGGGCGUGUCAAGAAACUGCUCCCUCUUUUACAGCCGAAUGUCUUCAUGAUUCCUUUUCUACAGUUCUUGGUAGUGGUAAGAUCGCUGAGUCCUUACGAGAGAAGGCAAAGCAGAUUGGAGAAAUAGCUCAGCGAGAUCCUGGCCGGUAUAUCUCAGCAAGAGAAGUUGCGAAGCUGGCAGCGCACGGUGCUUAAGAUACGGUCGUUAAGACACUAAUCGGGACGUUAGCAAGCCAUAAGCGUGUGGCUUAGGGGAUACUGGGGAACCCCGGCUACUUAGUACGUAUAGAUGUACGGAUGGCUGUGACAAAAAGAAAAGUCAUCUUCGGUGUUGACAUACACUAUAGAAUGCAUCUCAAUAGGAAGUUAACUCAGGGUAUCCCUGGGCAUGUUCCU